AUGCAGAUUUAUCCACAGAAAAACAGUCUUAGAACAACCACCAAUGGGGAUCUUACGCCGAAGCACACUAACCUUACUCCACCUACGACUCGCAUUCUCCCGACUCUUCACGUCCACCGCCUCGACAUAAGCCUAUAUGACGCGCAAUUCGAUAAAACGACCGGUGCUCGUGUUCCGAUUCCGGACACCGUCACCAAGGAUGUCAUUGCUGGACUUCUUCGCUUCCAGAUUAUCUGUGCGGACUUCGGCGUCCCAAGCUACUGCGUCCGCAUUAUAGCUACUGAAGCCACACGAACCGCUAUCAACUGCACUGAAUUCCUUGAGAAAAUUUACAAAGCAACUGGCUCUUCUGUCGAGCUCUUGACGAAGGAAGAUGAGGGUAAGAUAGGAGCGUUCGGCAUUGCAAGCAGUUUCUCAGAAAUGGAAGGCAUUGCGAUGGACCUUGGAGGUGGGAGUAUGCAGAUUACGUGGCUUGUGUCUCAUAUGGGAGUCAUCAAACUGAGUCCUAAAGGCGCGUUCAGCUUUCCGUACGGGGCGGCGGCUUUGACACAGAAGCUGGAUGAGUUGACGAAAGGAAAGAGUCAUAAGGAGGCCAGAAAGGCGACUGAAAGGCUGCGUGAAGAGAUGAAGACAAAUUUCCUUCACGCUUACACCAAUCUUGAAGUCCCAGAAGACAUGGUCAAAAGAGCGCAGCAAAAAGGGGGGUUCAACUUGUAUCUUUCGGGCGGCGGCUUCCGUGGGUGGGGCUACCUUCUGUUAUACCAGAAUCAGAUGGGAAAACACCACUACCCAAUCUCCAUUAUUAAUGGUUUCACGGUCCUAAGCCCGGAGUUUACGGAUACGGAAAAGCUAAAACACGUCGCGCGCGCCGCGCGAAAAAUCUUCAGAGUGUCGGACCGUCGACGUAAGCAAGUCCCCGCAGUCGCAUUCUUGGUCAACGUCCUGGCACAAUCAUUUCCACACGGAAUGAGGGAAGCUCAUUUCUGUCAAGGGGGUAUAAGAGAGGGUCUGUUGUUCCAGGAGCUUCAUUCAAGCAUUCGAAAGCAGAACCCGCUUACUAUGGCUACUAUCCCAUAUGCGAAGGCUUCCGCAUAUCGGAUUGCUGAGCUUCUACUCAACGCUAUACCAAACUACAGUGAAGCUCAUUCCAAACAGUACUCCGACUUGGUAAGCGUGGAUAUCGUCAAGGCGCUUGCGAAUACUCUCUAUGUCCAUUCCAUUAUGUCGAAGGGUUCAUCAUCCACAUCUGCUCUGUACAGCACUAGUACCGGAUUGUUAUCUUCAACACAUGGUGUAUCCCACUCCAGCCGCGCUCUGCUUGCACUAGUUCUUGAGGAAAGCUAUGGUGGCGAGCUUCCGCCACGCGAGACAAGGUUCAAGAAUUAUCUGCGCGAUAUUCUUGAAGCUAAGGAUGUAUGGUGGACGUGCUACAUUGGUAAAGUGGCGCUCUUGAUUCGAAGGCUUUACCCUUCCGGCUUUGUCGAUGAUGUUAAGCCCAGAGUUCGGUUGUCAGCUCGGUGGACAAAGGACUGUCCUAGUGGAAGCGGAGUUAAUGGGUUUCAGCUGGUGUUCCUCGUACAAAAGAAGAAGAAUGAUCCAAUGAAAUUGAAGGAGACCGUCCAGGAUCAUGUACGUGUAAUUGAGAAAGUUGGAAAAACGAAAAAUUGGAUUGGAGGUAGGGAUGGUUGGGGAUUGGCGAUAAAGGUGUUGGUGCGAGAAGGUGAUUUUGGGUGGUAG